CCUAGUUCCCAAGACCCAGCAAGGUGUCUCUGCCUCCGUCCUUCCCCGUAGCUCGGGACUCGUGAGGAGGGGACCAGUACAUCAUGCAAGAUCCAAAUGAAGAUACUGAGUGGAAUGAUAUAUUAAGAGAUUUUGGAAUACUUCCUCCAAAAGAAGAAAAAAAGGAUGAGACCGAAGAAAUGGUUUUACAUUUACAGAAAGAAGCAACAGCUAAACCAUAUGAAAAAAUGACUCUUUCCCAGUUGAAAGAAGCUGAAGAUGAUUUUGAUGAUGAAGAUAUGAGGGCUAUGGAAACAUAUAGACAAAAGCGUUUGCAAGAAUGGAAAGCUCUUCAGAAAACAAAAAAAUUUGGGGAACUAAGAGAAAUUUCUGGUGAUCAAUAUGUGAAAGAAGUUACAAAUGCAGAAAAAGAUGUCUGGGUUAUAAUCCACUUGUAUAGAUCAAGCAUCCAAAUGUGUUUACUGCUUAAUCAGCAUCUGAGUGUUCUAGCGAGAAAGUUUCCAGAAACCAAAUUUCUUAAGGCUGUUGUGAAUAGCUGUAUUCAACACUACCAUGACAGAUGCUUACCAACCAUUUUUGUGUAUAAAAAUGGCCAGAUAGAAGGAAAAUUUAUCGGAAUUAUUGAAUGUGGAGGAAUAAACCUGAAGUUAGAAGAACUUGAAUGGAAACUAGCAGAAGUUGGAGCCAUACAAACAGACUUGGAAGAAAAUCCUAAAAAGCAGAUUGUAGACAUGAUGAUAUCUUCCAUUAGAAACACUUCUAUUUAUGAUGAUAGUAAUAGUUCAAGCAGUGACAGUGAUGAGACUAAAUGUCCUUAG